AUGGGCCGCGUGUGGUACACGCAGGCCAGCAAGCACGUCGAGUUCUCCAUGUCGCCUUCGUUUCUCAUCGAAUAUGCCCAAGCUCUCUACCUCUCGGGGGCACUCCAGCACGCCGCCGAGGUCCUCGCAACGGUCAUUUCGAGCUUUCCGACGUUCGAGCAGCUGCCCCGUGUCAUCUUCCGUGCGGCCAUGCUCUUGCUGUCGCUCGAGCUCUACGACCAGAGCAAAGACUACCUCGUGUACCUUCUCGAGGCGCCGCCGCCGCCGUGGACGGACGCCGAGCUUCUCUUUAUCAUUGGUCGGCUCUACACCCUCGAGCACGACAUGCGGCAAGCGUCGUUGGCCUUUGACGAUGCGUACCGCCGCUGGAAAGUGCAGUGGGCCUCGUCCGGUCGCCAGUUGCAGUUUGGAUCGGCCAAGCUCUGGCUCACAAACGCGGGCGUGUGGCGCGACCUUGCCAUGAAAGCGCUUCGCCACCGCGAAUAUGUGCUCGGCAAAGACUUGUUUCAGCAAACGAUCAAGCGCCGCGUCCGAGAAGCGCAACUUGAUGGCGAAGACGAGAGUCGCAGGGACGCGUGGUCGCUCGACUGGUUCCACCUCGCGCAGUGCCACACGGGCCUUUGCGACAAGGCCAGUGCCGCGAUCGCUGUCAAGCACUGGCUGCAGCAACACCCGUACAUGGACCAACUCUUGUACAAGUGCCAAGCGUGGUCACCAUCGCACUGGGCCCAUAUCGGGCUCACGCUGCGUGACGAAUACCGCCACGUACACGCCGUCACGGACGUGACGCGCCUCGAGACCGUCAUCACCAAAGUGCCGCUGCACGAGAAGCGGCUGAAGCAAUUCUCCGCGAGUGGCGCGCGGUGA